AACAUUCAUUAUGUUUAAUAUUGUUGAAAAUUUGUUUCACUAAUAUGUUUAUUCAAUUAUAACUAUUUUAAAUUGUAAUUAUUAAUUUAUUCAGAAUUUACUUAUCUCAAUAAAUAAAAUUGCCUAGUAUAAUAACAAUUGUUAAUUUAAUUAAUAAAAUACCCUCAAAAAAAUAAUGGAAAAAAAUUUAGAACAAAUGGGAUAUUUAAUUUUAACUAUGGAUGGAGCUGUAAUUUCUUCUGGUGGAGAUUUGGAAAAUAAUGAACAAGUAGCUGAUAUUAUUGCAAAAUCAAUUAGUAUGAGCAAAAAUUUAAUGACAUCUGAUGAUCACUAUCAAAGCAUGUCAAUCAUGUAUUCCAAUUAUCAUUAUUCCAUAUGCAUGUCAAAUAAAAAAAUUCACAUUGCCAAAAUUAGACAUGAAUCACUAGCAAUUGAAAUUGAUGAAAUCAGAGUUAUUUCAGAAACCAAUCAAUAACAAUAACUCUUUUUAAUAAAAUCUUUUUUUUACAGUAAUUAGAAAA